GGUGCAGAACGCGCCAGCGUUGUCCGUCCGGAAUCCAUCGCGGGCCCCGAGCAACCAGCAGAGGCCUUCUGGUUGAUCUCUUAUGUUUUUCCCCCCUCCCGCGUGUGUGCGACGCUGCGGGGCUGGCCGCAGUACUUCGUCGCUUGUCUGCUUUGUUGCGUGCUUCUCGGCUUGGUUCUGCUGAGGGGGCACAGUUGGUGCACCAUGGCGGAUGAUAGACCGGUGAGCCCGUCACUGGAUCUGAUCGUAUCAUCUUCGGGAUUUACGGAUCUGGGAGGGGUGGGUGGGGUCGGAGUGGGAGGAGGAGGAGUAGCAGCAAGCGGAAGGGAUGGAGGGACGCCAGGUGGAGCUGGGCCGGUGGCGGGGGGGGGAGGAGUUGUCCAGUCACCAGCAGCAUCAGCAGGAGGAGGAGGAGGAGCAGGAGGAGGAGGAGUUGCGCCAAAUGCGAUGGGAGGGGAUGUAUCUGGGGGCGGAAGGGGGGUAGGUGGAGGCGGAGGCGGGGGAAUCCGCCGAUCAAUCGGAGCGUUAAUGGUGAAAGCGCUGUGCAUCGUUGGCGGCGCCCUGGUGUUGCGCAAGUUGACUAAACGACAACACAAGUGGGACCACGUCAAAAGUGUUGCCCAAGCUCUUUGCGGGGAAAAGUUCUCGAGCGACCAGGCUGCCAGGGAUCCGUUGACCUAUUUCAAUCUUCGGCUGACCACUUGUCCCGCUUUGACUUUGGCUGAUGGCACCAGGGUACUCUACUUCGAACAGGCGUUCUGGCGGACGCCAGAGCGGCCCUAUCGCCAGCGUUUCUAUGUGUUGAAGCCAUGUACGGCGGAGGAGAAGUGCGAUGUACGGCUAGACACGUGUGCCGUUAGGGAUAUCGACGAGUACAAGAAUUUCUGCGAUCGGUCAGCGACGGACAGACCUUCGCCGCCUGAGAUUAGACAGGACGUGGCGGAACAUCUGAUGUCGGUCUACUUGUCCAAAUGUGAGCGGCACCGAAACUGUCUUUAUGAAGGGGCAACGCCGCCGACUGGUUUUCCCAACAACUGGGGAGGAGCGAGCAAGUGUACCUCGGAGUUGACGAUAAUGAAGAAUGGAGAGAUUCAUUGCUGGGACCGGGCGUACGACGAGAAGGGAGAGCAGGUGUGGGGGGUACGGACAGGGCCGUACGUUUUCAAACCCAAGAGCUCACAGCCGCCGGCAGUGCCACGUGUUGAGCCGGCAGGAAACAACGCUAAGAAGCCAGACGAUAAGGGUGCUGCGUCAGCGACUGCCGGAGUGCCAUCCUCGGCGGGAGAGUCUGCCUCCUCCUCCUCCUCCUCCUCCUCCCUUGCUCCUCCUCUCUGAUUGGACAUCGACUUGAUGUUCUUCCUGAGUCCUUCGAGUGUUUGUGUAAAUCCGCCGCGGUCAAUUGCCCGUCUUCCCUUCUUUGAUACGGUUAGUUUAUACAUUGCCGACCCGUCCGUCGCCUGUCAGUUAGCGCACACUCCGACGGCUGUAUAGUUCCUACAGUUAUUGCUUUUCCUCCUUCCUCCUCAUGUCCUCCAUCGUUCAAUCUUGUCAGAUCGCUCCAAUCGAAUACAUUUUUUUUGGACAAGGCCAUCAUCCUGUUGUUGCUGCCAUGUUAAUCUCGUCCGUGCGUUUCGGUGCAAGAUAGCAUUUGAUUGGCGGAUCCAGUCGUGUAAAAAAAAAGCGUUUAACAGUGUCUGGCUGGAGCAGAGUUCGCAGAGGCACAAAAAUGACGAAAAUGACAUGGCAGUGUCCAGGACGACGUAAUGGAAUGCGGACUUCGUUCCAAAUGAGGAACGAAAAAGGAACAGCUGCAGCAUCAGGAGCUGCAGCGGGAGGAGCAGGAGGAGGAUUAAGGGGAUGAAAGGGAGAAAAAGGAAAAAUGAAGAGGAGGAAAAGGAGGAGCAUAAGGAGGAAGAAGAAAAAGAGGAGAAAAAGGAGGAAAAAGAGGAGGAAAAGGAGGGAAAAGGAGGAGAGAGCAGUGACGAGGAAGAGGAAGAUGCGGUGAAGUAGGGAAAGAGGCACGCUAAAAGGGAGAGGGAAAGAAAAGAGGAGAGGGUAUUACGCCGUCCGUCUUCUCUCGUUUUAGGCCUGCGUCACAGAUCAAGAUGUCAAAACCCGUUAGAGUUACAUUGUCAGAGUUCUAUGUUUCCCGCCCUCGCCCUCGUCGCGCCCCGGCACACCAAACCUCCCCCCCGCCCCCCCCCGCCCCCCCUCUUGGUUAAUACAGGCCACCUUCUGGUUAGAGUCGACCAUGAGCGUGAUGACGGUGAGAGAUGGAGCGGAGGUGUGCAUCGAUGAGGAGGUUGGUUUUUCCAUUUUUCGCGUUUUCCCGCCUUUUGUUUUCCCCUGAUUGUUGUGUAUUUGUUCAUUUUUCUUGUGAAGAGGGGUGGUAGAGGUAAGCCAAUAAAUCUUUAGUCUGUCGUUUUAGAUUUCUUAAUAUGAAAUGAAAGGAGAAGGGGACGUAGAGCAACUUUCUUGUUUUCCACUGACCUUUUUUUUGGGGGGGUACUGUAAUAAAAUCUUUUUUCCUUC